UUUUCUUCCCUGCAGAAAUCUCUGCGUUGUAUAGCCUAUCACGACGCUGAGUGCCCUUCACCUGGAGAAGAUCCUCCCAGCCCACUGACAAGGUUGUUCUCCAAACAAGCGUCUGCCGAGGACGACCUCCAAGGGACGGCUCUUCCACCUCAGUCUUGUCCGGCCGUAUUAUGUACCAACAACUUAUCUCCCAACCUCAUCUGCAGUAACCCCGUACAUACACUCGCUUGUUCACUAUCUUUGUUGGGGACACAUUAAGUCUGAGACCGGCCUACGCACAACCCAUUCGAAGCGAGCCCGGAUUGUUUGUUACAUACCCCUCCAUGUAUACGGAAUAUAUCCUCUCUAGUCAGCGUCACAGUUCCAACUUCCUCUAUCCCAACUCGUGCAGACUGGCCAACUAUCCUCCCUGCCAAUGAAGUUUGGCGACACCCUUUACCAGAGGUCUGUCCCGAAAUGGACCGCCUACAAUGUAAAGUACAACGAGCUCAAGCAUCUUAUCAAGACUCGAACUUCCGCGGGCAUCGCGGUGCCGGUGGGCAUACCUGCGCAGGGCAAGAGCAGGUGGGAAGACUUGGAAAAUGAACUGUACACUUUGCUCGAGGGCGAAUACGACAAUGUCACUCUGUUCCUUCGGAGUAAGCAAGGUGAAAUCGAGCGGCGCCUGGCAUACGUCGAAAAACAGAUCAAGUUGGCCCAGCGCGCCGUACAAGGCAACGCGCUGAAUAAGUCCAUCAUACAAGCCAGGAAAUACCGACAAUUGAUGAAGGACAUUGACGAAAUAGGCGAUGAGUUGCAGAACUUGUCACGUUUUGCUGCCGUGCAGAAAACAGCUUUCCGCAAGAUCCUCAAAAAGUACCGGAAAUGGACUGGUUCGACGGCCCUACAAACUAGAUUGGACGUGGAAUUGUUUUCCUCCAAGAAGUUACAGACGGACUUUUCGGAUUACUUUCAGGAGUUGUCCGAGCAGAGGGCAAUUCUAACGGAGGAACUUGCUGAUCCCAUGCUUACGGGUCGAUCACCUUCGCCAGCGACAAACAAACAACAGAAACGAAUCUCUGCUUCUAUGAAGAGGUCAUCGAUAGUCAAGCUCAGCGAGGCAGCUCUUCAGGCUUCUUUGGCGUUUGAUGCCGCCCUCGUCACCGUUCCAUAUGGCGAGGCGGCCGGGAGUGCCUUUUACUGGAUUCACCAGGACAAUCUUGACGAGGCUCGUGCUCUGCUUCUGCGACAUAUGCGAGAUAUCUCUGUCUCCUCAACACCAUCCAGGAACACUUCAUUGGAGUCUAUUGCUUCCAGAAAUAGACCAAACCCGGCAUCUAAAUCCGAUUCCCUUACUCACAUGGCCAUCUAUGACAAUGCCUAUCGGUAUGCCAGAGAUCAAGGUACCUCCAGACCUUCGCGGAUAGCAUUGAGUGGCCAUUGGAGCUCAGCACCCGAGGCAAUUGUUACUCUGGCCGGUCUCUCCCCGACCUCCUCUGACAGCACGGUUCUUACUGUCAGUCGCAACGAAUUGGCCAGUGCCCUUCAGCGUGACCAGACACCCUCCAGCACCCCGGAAAAUGUACACGUUAUCCGCAAAUACUUGCGGGAGCACAGAGACAUCAAACCACUGGCUCACUCUCAGUUUGUGCGUACUCGAUACGUUGGCCUAACGAAUACUGCCGAUGUGGGAAAUUGGGCUACGCUUGACUCCAAUGUCACUGUUACUUCCGUGGACACGGCCCACAUUGGAGACCCUCUUCCACAAACGCAGGCUGGAGAUGUCUUUCCCUAUUCGAUACUUCACAUCAGAUGGGAGUUCGCACGCACGCCAGAGGUAGCACGCGCUUUCAACGAGUCCCAUUUGGUGGAACGAGUCGAGGGCUUUACACUGGAAGACAUGGCCAUUCACACUGUUCAGAAAGAUCUAGCAGAGCCAUCCUGGUAUCCUCUCCUUAGCAAGGACAUUCGAAAAGUACCAAUUGUACCGCGAAUGGGCAGACUAGGGACGACGAGCCGGUCGCGGCUCAAUGUUACAGAUGUGACCGGCAGUUCCUCUGGACCUUCCUCGAGCGAUGGACCUCAAGGUAGUAUCUUCUCUGCUGGUACCGCUGGAGCUACUUCGGCCACCUCCGAAAGUGCGGGUCCUAGCGACGCAGGUCCUUCCAAAGUGUCUCCCAACCCCAACAAGCCUCGUAGGAAGAAAAUGGCUCGAAUCAAGUUGCCUGAACGCAAUCCUUCUCCUGUGAGAUAUUGGAACGAAUUUGAUGACGGGGAUUCCGAUGUCAAUCAAGGUGAAAGCUAUGUGAUCUAUGUGGAUCCUGACGAGCCCACAUUUCCUGGUGCCGAGAAAAUGACCAAAAUUUUUGGAGCCGUGUGCGACAGCUUCAGUCGGGGCACGAACAAGUUUGUAUCGUGGUUUCCGCUCCAUUCGGAUGCCAGCCAAGGUUCCAGAGAGGAGCGUUCUCCGUUGCUAAGCGGUGACAAUGAAGACGUUGAUACAUCGAGUUCCGAGGUCGAAGAAUAUAUCGUGCCACAUCCACCACGGCAGACAGACAAGCGUCGCCGGUCUCGUCGGUCGCGUACAUCUGGGGUCUCGUACCGUCCUCACCAGGUACUCACACCUCGUCAGAAGGCACUGGAACAAACGCUGUUACUGUUCUACACGGGGCUCAUCGCCGUGGCAUACGUCCUCCUCAUCAUGUCGAGUAUCCUUCUGGGCACGGGUCGUAGGAAAGCCUACGUCGAGGUUGAUGCCGGGGUCGUCGCGGGCGUCGUCUCUGCGGAGACGUGCGCCGUUGCCGCCAUCAUCCUCAUAAUGAUGAGGAAACAGAGGCUUAGCGUGCUUCAUUGGGGUCUGGUCGCUGUCCUGAUCUCUGCCGUUGUCGUCAUCGGCGUGGCCCUGCUGUCAUUCAUGUUUGCAGGCGGAGGGCCAGGGAGCGACAAGAAAGGCUCUGUCGGCCAUUGACGACUAUGAAGACUAUGACGGCCAUGAAGCACGAUGACCAAUUGACGUGGUGGCCACAUUCUUGUACUCGGUUACUCGGUGCUACGCAUCAUCAGGUAGCCCGGCGUGGCGAGCGUUUGUGUGUGUGCGUGGUGGAACAACCCCAUGUUUCUGAUGUGUCAAUUGUGCAAGCACAAAAGCAAAAUCUACGUGUCUUUAUUUUUAUUUUUUUUUAUCUUUUUUUUUUGCUUUUUUAAUUUCCCCGCAAAGUCUUGCUGCUCCGCCGACGGCCCUCUUUUUGGGAGCCUCGUCGCUGUCGUUCUGUCAUGUACAGUACCAGUCCUGUCGUUUUCGAGCGAGGGCGUUCAGGAAUUCUUUCCUUGCUUUGGCGGGAAUGGUGAAAAAGGUCGGAAGGUGGAUGAUUUCACAAUGAGGGUCUGGUAUGGGUGUAUCAAACAUAUACAUAGAUGACCCCCGCCU